CAGGAAUACACAACCCUUCAAGGGUUGUCAGUAAAACGGCGUUCCACGCCGGCAUAGUCACGAUUGCCGGGAACAGCAGCGAUGUGCCCCCACACCAGGUUCAGCAGACUUGAGGACGACUACAUAGCAGUAAUGUGGAGACGUGGACAGAGCCGGUCGCCGUAGUCCACUGUGUGAGGGAGACGGGAGAUCAACGAAAUGAAUCUCCUAAACAUGGACGCGGAGAACCGCGUGGUCCUCAACGUCGGCGGGAUCCGGCACGAGACGUACAAGGCGACAUUAAAGAAGAUCCCCGCCACCCGUCUGUCGCGGCUGACGGAGGCUCUCGCCAACUACGACCCCGUGCUGAACGAGUACUUCUUCGACCGGCAUCCUGGCGUGUUCGCGCAGGUCCUCAACUACUACAGGACGGGGAAACUGCAUUACCCCACGGACGUCUGCGGGCCGCUGUUUGAAGAGGAGCUGGAGUUCUGGGGGCUGGACGCCAACCAGGUGGAGCCCUGCUGCUGGAUGACCUAUACGCAGCAUCGCGACACCCAAGAAACGCUGGCAGUCCUGGACCGCUUGGACCUGGACACCGAAAAACCCUCUGAUGAGGAGGUGGCUCGCAAGUUUGGCUUCGAAGAAGACUACUACAAGGGCACCGUGUCCUGGUGGCAGCAGCUGAAGCCGCAGAUGUGGUCGCUCUUCGACGAACCCUACAGCUCCAAUGCAGCUAAGGUAGUCGGCGUGAUAUCGGUGUUUUUCAUAUGUGUGUCCAUCAUAUCGUUCUGUUUAAAAACCCACCCGGACAUGAGAGUGCCAGUGAUAAAAAACUACACAGUGACGACCGCGAACCAAACGCAAAGCUGGGCGCUGGACAAAGUGCAAACAAACGCCCACAUUGCGUUUUUCUACAUAGAGUGUGUGUGCAACGCGUGGUUCACCUUAGAAAUCCUAGUGCGAUUCAUAUCGUCCCCAAAUAAGUGCGAAUUCAUCAAAUCCUCCGUCAACAUCAUCGACUACAUCGCCACCAUGAGUUUCUAUAUCGAUCUCAUGCUCCAGAAAUACGCUUCUCAUGUAGAAAAUGCUGACAUAUUAGAAUUCUUCUCCAUAAUAAGAAUCAUGAGGCUUUUCAAACUGACGCGUCACUCGUCAGGUUUGAAGAUUCUGAUUCAGACCUUCAGGGCAUCAGCCAAGGAGCUGACCCUGCUAGUGUUUUUCCUAGUGCUCGGUAUAGUGAUAUUUGCGAGUUUGGUGUACUACGCGGAGAGGAUACAGACGAAUCCGCACAACGACUUCAACAGCAUACCGUUGGGGCUGUGGUGGGCGCUGGUUACCAUGACGACGGUCGGGUACGGAGACAUGGCGCCGAAGACCUACGUCGGGAUGUUCGUUGGAGCACUGUGUGCGUUGGCUGGUGUGCUGACGAUAGCCUUACCCGUGCCCGUCAUCGUGUCCAACUUUGCCAUGUACUACUCCCACACGCAGGCACGGGCAAAGUUGCCCAAGAAGCGGCGGAGGGUCAUCAACGUUGAACCGACUAGGCCUCCGAUGCGUGCACCAGGCGUUCCAGGUGGCCCCGGCGGUGCGUUGCCUCCAGGAAUGGGACCUCAAGCGGUGAACCGCCGCAUGAACGCCAUCAAAACGAACCACCCCAAAGAUAUCAUGGGACCUAAUAUGGUCGCAAGCCUGAUGCCCGGUCUAGACAUGUCAGUGACCACACGCCUGUCCCCCAGCCCCCGGGACAUGAGUCCAGCUCUGGCCAUAGCUCUCCCCAUGAUGAAGUCAGUCAACAUUGUCCCGGCUCAGUGCUUCGACAACAUGGCUUUCCACGGCGAGAGGGUUGAAAAUAGAGACAGUGACAAGGAAGAUACUCUCAGCAAACGUUCUAGUCAACAAUCUCUCGAAAGCGACAACACACUUAGAGUAAACAAUUAUAAGAACGGAUACAUGAAUAAGAGUGUCGAAGAGAAAACUGAUUGUAGAACGCCGUUGCUUCGAGAUCAUAAGAUAGAAUCGCUGGAUGAGAAUAAACUUAGGGAGAACAAAGCUGAGAAGAGAAAGUCAUCCGCUUCAACAUAACAGUAAAUAUUGUAAAUAAUAUUGCAACCGCUAUUCUAAACUUUAUUGAAUAAGGCCUUGGAGUAAUAAAAUAUCAGUUGCAAAUUGUAGCACAUGAAAUAAAAACUGUUUCAAGUAUCAAACAAUUUACAAUGAGCCAAUGUUGCUCCAUCGCCUUAAUCUAUUGAGACCAAUAGAACUAAGAAUGCUUUAACUAACGCAAAUAAGAUAAUGUCCAUUCAUACAGUGCAGAGCAAAACAACGUAUGGUAAACCAAACAGAGUAUUCAAACAUGUAUUGACUAGUAAAAUAACCUUAUCUUUAACUGUACAAGUUUCGCGUAGUUUGGGAAACGACAUGCCUUCGUAUCCAGUGUUAAGAGUAGACUGUGAGAAUUAUAAGUAACAUUAUAUC